AUGAUACAGGCAGUAGAAACCCCCUACUACAACUACAGCACCGGCAACAACUGCAGCACCUACUACAACAGCAGCUCAAACAACAACUACAGCCUUGACAACAACUGUAGCCCCAACUACAACCACAGCACCCACAACCACGAUAGCACCCACAACAACCACUGCACCAACAACAACCACUGCCCCAACAACAACCACAGCCCCAACUACAACCACAGCCCCAACUACAACUACAGCACCUGCAACAACUGUAGCCCCAACUACAACUACAGCACCCACAACAACCACAGCACCAACAACAACCACAGCACCAACAACAACCAAUGCCCCGACAACAACCACAGCAUUAACUACAACUACAACACCAACUCCAACAACAACUACUGCCCCAACAACAACCACAGCCCCAACUACAACUACAGCACCAACUACAACCACAUCGCCCACUACAACUGCAGCACCCACUACAACUGCAGCCCCAACUACAACCACAUCGCCCACACCGACAACAACUGCAGCACCGACUACAACUGCAGCCCCAACUACAGCACCCACAACAACCACAGCUCCAACUACAGCACCCACAACAACUACUGCCCCAACAACAACCACAGCCCCAACUACAACUACAGCACCGACAACAACUGCAGCACCUACUACAACCACAGCUCCAACAACAACUACUGCCCCAACUACAACCACAGCCCCGACUACAACUACAGCACCGACAACAACUGCAGCACCUACUACAACCACAGCCCCAACUACAACUACAGCACCCACUACAACUGCAGCCCAAACUACAACUACAGCACCGACAACAACUGCAGCACCCACAACAACCACAGAACCAACAACAACCAAUGCCCCAACAACAACCACGGCCCCAACUACAACUACAGCACCUACUACAACUACAUCCCCAACUACAACUACAGCACCCACAACAACCACAUCACCAACAACAACCACUGCCCCAACAACAACCACAGCCACAACUACAACUACAGCACCGACAACAACUGCAGCACCUACUACAACUCCCAAACUACAACUACAACCACAGCUCCAACAACAACUACUGCCCCAACAACAACCACAGCCCCAACUACAACUACAGCACCGACAACAACUGCAGCACCUACUACAACCACAGCCCCAACUACAACUACAGCACCCACAACAACUACAGCACCCACAACAACCACAGCUCCAACAACAACUACUGCCCCAACUACAACCACAGCCCCGACUACAACUACAGCACCGACAACAACUGUAGCACCUACUACAACCACAGCCCCAACUACAACUACAGCACCCACUACAACUGCAGCCCAAACUACAACUACAGCACCGACAACAACUGCAGCACCCACAACAACCACAGAACCAACAACAACCACUGCGCCAACAACAAUCACGGCCCCAACUACAACUACAGCACCUACUACAACUACAGCCCCAACUACAACUACAGCACCCACAACAACCACAUCACCAACAACAACCACUCCCCCAACAACAACCACAGCCACAACUACAACUACAGCACCGACAACAACUGCAGCCCCAACUACAGCACCCACAACAACCACAGCUCCAACAACAACUACUGCCCCAACAACAACCACAGCCCCAACUACAGCACCGACAACAACUGCAGCACCUACUACAACCACAGCCCCAACUACAACUACAACCACAGCCCCAACUACAACUACAGCACCCACUACAACUGCAGCCCAAACUACAACUACAGCACCGACAACAACUGCAGCACCCACAACAACCACAGAACCAACAACAACCACUGCCCCAACAACAAUCACGGCCCCAACUACAACUACAGCACCUACUACAACUACAGCCCCAACUACAACUACAGCACCCACAACAACCACAUCACCAACAACAACCACUCCCCCAACAACAACCACAGCCACAACUACAACUACAGCACCGACAACAACUGCAGCCCCAACUACAGCACCCACAACAACCACAGCUCCAACAACAACUACUGCCCCAACAACAACCACAGCCCCAACUACAGCACCGACAACAACUGCAGCACCUACUACAACCACAGCCCCAACUACAACUACAGCACCCACAACAACCACAGCUCCAACAACAACUACUGCCCCAACUACAAGCAAAGCCCUAACUACAACUGCAGCCCAAACUACAACUACAGCACCGACAACAACUGCAGCACCCACAACAACCACAGAACCAACAACAACCACUCCCCCAACAACAACCAUGGCCCCAACUACAACUACAGCACCUACUACAACUACAGCUCCAACAACAACUACUGCCCCAACAACAACCACAGCCCCAACUACAACUACAGCACUGACAACAACUGCAGCACCUACUACAACCACAGAACCAACAACAACCACUCCCCCAACAACAACCACGGCCCCAACUACAACUACAGCACCUACUACAACUACAGCCCCAACUACAACUACAGCACCGACAACAACUACAGCACGCACAACAACCACAUCACCAACAACAACCACAGCCCCAACUACAACUACAGCACCUACUACAACUGCAGCCCCAACUACAGCACCCACAACAACCACAGCUCCAACAACAACCACAGCCCCAACUACAACUACAGCACCGACAACAACUGCAGCACCGACUACAACUGCAGCCCCAACUACAGCACCCACAACAACCACAGCUCCAACAACAACUACUGCCCCAACAACAACCACAGCCCCAACUACAACUACAGCACCAACAACAACUGCAGCACCUACUACAACCACAGCCCGAACUACAACUACAGCACCCACAACAACUACAGCACCUACAACAACCACAGCUCCAACAACAACUACUGCCCCAACUACAACCACAGCCCCCACCUACUACAACCACAGCCCCAACUACAACUACAGCACCCACAACAACCACAGAACCAACAACAACCACUGCCCCAACAACAACCACUGCCCCAACAACAACCACAGCCCCAACUACGACAACAGCACGAACAACAACUGUAGCCCCCACUACAACCAAAGCUACCACUACACCUGCAGCCACACAAGUGUUGUACCUGGUCUUCAUCUCCUUCGACCCCUUCCAAGAUGA